UUAUAGAUAUUUUUUUAUUCAUAUCCACUUCACAAUUUAGUACCAUAAGUAUUCUCCAUUCAUGUAAACGAAUGAGACAAUGAUUCAGGAAACAUAUAUCACAAAACAAUUUGUACAUCUGAGAAUUGUGUUCCGAGUCUUUACAUUGUUAUUGUUCUUUAGGAGGGAGGCUGACGUAUCAGACGGACCCUGCGCUUCACUCCAGUACAAUUCUAUACAUCUAUAUACGGAAGUUUCGGCCGGGUCUCUGAUACAUCAGCCUGUUAAAAUGGAGGUGAAAUGGGGUCUAUCAUCUGUAGGAUGACACUAGACUGUGUAUACCAUAAAGUAACAAUAGCAGCCGCCAUCUUAUUCAGCACGUGUUGUGGUGAAAUGGCUAAUCUUAAAAAAAUAAAUGUAACUUCUUUUGGACGCCAUUGAAACACUGUUUUGGUAAGAAAUAGUAAUUUGUUACAGGAGGUACCUGGUACUGCUGACUUGAUCAUUGUUCGGGGACCUGACGUGUUUUAUGGAUUUGGCUGGGGGAAACAGACGGUCGCGUUAGUACAUGUCCUAACAUUAUCUAUCGCCACCAGGUUCUCAUGGUAAUUAUCCGCCGUCUGGAAGCCGUCUUCCACCGUUCUCCCUGAAACCUAGACAAACAAACCGUUGGUGGAUUAUUGCACAACCUGUUUGAGUCCAUCUUUUGUUCAAUAUACAUCGUCAGCAAGUUUGUAAGGGCGAGAUUACAUAAACUCCUGUCGGGUUCCACUACCAUGUAUAAGAGUGUUAGCUUUCUAGACUUGUUACAUCAUGCUGAUAAAGGUAAAUUUCGCCCGUGAUCACGGGUAGGUCAUGCUGACGAGUGAUCCAAUGUUACGCAAUAUCGAACAAAGAUCUCAUCUCCUUCAAAUUAUUCCGAGUCUGAAAAAUAUUGCAUAAACAGAUAAAUUGGGAAUAUGUUUUCGCAUAACACCAUUAAGCUUCUAAGCCCCGUUUCCUCGUGGUUAUAAACAUAUAGUUAUAUGUUGUAUGUUUCUACAAGAAUGAAAAACACAAAUAAUUUCUUGUAAUUUAAAGGGUAUUUCCCAUCCCCGAAUUUAUCAAUUAUACAUAAGUACAUGACGUAAAAUGCUAGUAAUUAACUCUGCGACUACACAUAUGUUAUCUGUCGCGAUCAAGACAGAUGACAUAAUAUACUGCACGCCAGUCUUGUCAGAUGUGACGUAAGUCUAAUCUGCACGUGCUAAUGUUUACAUGUGUAUUUAACAGCCUCUGCCCUAUAACCCCAUCGCGGUUACUGGCUAAUAACUCGUGUCCUUCGAUGGCCUUAGUAUACAUGGCGUAUUCCACUAGAAUAGAUAUGGGGGAACCAGGUUAUCAAUUAAUUAAUUGUCAUAGAAUUUGCUGAAUAUCUGAAACAUAUUUCUUGCAAGAACAUUUACCAACUACACGAUUUUGUCCAACUUACGAUUCCAUCCAGAGAUUUCUUCGAAUAAUGUGCAAUUAUCUGAGAACUUGUUCUUUUUUCCAUUCACGGUCAAUCUGACCUACCCUCGACGAUUCCAUCAUAACAGUGACCAGGCUGUAUGGUGGAUGGAAUCAGGACAGAAAAUCAAGGAAAGGCCAGGUCAGGAAAAAUACGGAAAAACGGAAAAUAUUGAAAAUUUUGCUUGAUCAAACUCCUCCUAUACAUUGCAAUAUGCCUUUGUAAAGUACUGGAUUAGAUGCAUGUCCGUUUGCACACAGAAAAUAUCGAAAAAUAAUCAAAUGACCAAUCGUAAACUGACCUAUUUCCCCCUCGCUCUAUAGUGGACCCGACCAGCGCUGAACUGCUGGGGCGUUACAUCACAUCGGCUAGUCAAAUUCUAUAGUUGUUGACCAUGCCGUAGACACACAAGUGUGGGGGCCCGAGUAAACAAGGAUAUAGAGUAUUCCCCACCACCCCUAGAAAUUCAACUCGAAUUAACACGGUUACAUGUGUUUUUAUUAAUGGCGUAGUGUCGAGCAUUCGAUCGAUGAGAGCGGACCUUGAGUUGGUCAGUUUCGGAUUUUGUGGAUAGGUAGUAGUGAUAUCAUUCGUUGGUGUAAACAGCCGCACAUUUACCUUGGAACGUUGGGUUUUUUUUUUUUUCUUUCACAAUGGACAUUCAGUUAAGUAGUGAGAAUAAUGAAUUUGUGGACGGAGUGAAUCGCGGAUAUUUGCCGUACUUUCCAUCUGCCAUGAUGCCCACAGCACCUACUCCAUCGUACGUUGUGUUGCCACAAAGACCAUCCCCGACUGAGGAUAGUGUCUGUGAAGCUGGGCCCAAGUCGUAUGCUGGUCUGUCUUCUGUUUCUAUGUCCAGUCCGGUUGGACUGUCCUCUAUUUCCAUGUCCAGUCCGGACAAUUCAUCCAUGCCUUCUCCCAUCAGUGCUACAUCUUUUAACUUAUCAUCGUCGCCUUCAUCGUCUCAGGCUUCGUCAGAUGCUGGGGGAGGCGAUGUCUCGGCGGCUAACAAGAGGAAAGGGACUCCGUACAUUCCCAGCUACAUGGACCUGAGUAAUGGACCAGAGCCGUGUGUUGUUUGUGGUGACGCGGCCACAGGAUACCAUUAUCGAUGUAUGACCUGUGAAGGCUGUAAGGGCUUCUUCCGUCGCACAAUUCAGAAGAAUCUCCAGUAUCACUGCAAGUGGAAUAAAAUGUGUUCGAUCGAUAAAAACUCUCGUAAUCAGUGCCAAGAGUGUAGAUUUAGAAAAUGCAUAAACGUUGGCAUGGCAACGGAUCUUGUUUUGAAUGAAAAACAAAGAAAGGCUAAAAGGAAACUGAUAGAAGAAAAUAGAGAAAAAAGAAAACAAGAGACCACGAAAGUGAAAACAAAACCGAUAGAAGGAUGUAACCAUGACACCCUAACAGAAACUGACAAGACGAUUAUAGCGGAAGUUACGUCAGCUUAUGAACAAACUGUUGUCAAAGUGCCAAUGAAAGAGAAUGCAACCCAGGACGGCUUGCCCCCGUCGGAUCCGGAAGCUUGGCAGCAGUUAGCGGAAGCCAUGACGCCCUCUAUAGUCAAAGUUGUAGAAUUUGCCAAAAAUGUACCAGGAUUUAUUCAGUUGUUUGUGGACGACCAGAUCCUGCUGUUAAAGUCAUGCUGCAUGGAGAUUAUGUGUCUGCGCGCCGCCUGUCGGUACGAUCCGGAAAAAGAGACCAUCACCAUGCAUAAUGGCGUCUGCCUACACAAAUCACAACUCAAAUCUGAGGGUUUAGGCCUCCUUGUUGAACCAAUAUUUGAAUUUGCAGUUGGCCUUUCUAAACUAAAACUGGAUAAAACUGAACUCGCAUUACUUGCAUCAGUCUUGCUCAUGCAGUCGGAUCGCUCAGGUUUAAAGGAACCGGAAGCCGUGGAAAAACUUCAGGAUUCCAUUUUAGGAGCAUUUAAACGUUACAUAGCGACCAAACGCCCACACCAACCCGUGCACUGGGCCAAGAUUCUGAUGAAAGUGACGGAUCUUCGCACUAUUAGUACCCGUCAUGCAGAGCGCGUGUUGUGCAUCCGACUAGAUCACCAAGGUGAUAUUCCUCCGCAGCUAUUGGACUUGUUCAACGAGGGACAGACAUACUAUAGCUGAAACGAGUCACUUGAACAUAUAUUUAUAUAUACCUCAACAUAGUGUUUUAAGCUUCACAGGUGCUGUAUAUAACUGAAGAUUUUAAUGUGUAGUAUUGAUACCGAUACGUGAAAUCCAAAGGUUUUUAAACAAUAUAUUGUCUCCCCAGUAAUUCAAUGGUUGGUGUUAUAUUAGGAAACCUUUUUUCUCCGUGGUCUACUGUUGCCAUAGGUAAAUUGCCAUUGGAAAAGUGUACCAUAGAAUUCGGAUUUGUGAAAGAAGCCAUAAUAAAUCUAACAUAUAUUCUAUUAAUAGUGGGGAACUCGUUUGUACCUUUGCCAUUUAAACUUCUAUCAGUGUAUCCUGGCGAAGUAUAACUUCUCUACGUUAGUGCAAGCAGCUGGUAGUGUCUAAUGGUUAGUGCUAAUGUACCGAGGAUUACCAGGUACUCGCUAUAGACACACACAAAAAUUAGAAACCUUCCGAGUGUGUACAAAGAAUUACGGGUUUUAUGUGUUGUUGAUGAAUGUUUCCCCCGUUAGACCUCUAGAGAAUGAAUUGUUUCGUUGUUGUAAACAGUUUACUGUUCCAUAUUGUAUAUUGGUUGUUACUGUAUCAUGAUUAGACGCUAACUUCCAUACCUGAUCGGCACAGGGUUGAAUUAUGUUAUUUGCUGUUCAUGUACGGGAGAGUUUUCAUUUCGCGUAGUCUCGUAUUAAGGAGGAAUAACACACCUGAGAAAUCUGAUAUGGCGGGAAAGUGGAGUUUCAAAUUUACCAUUUAGUGGGGGAAAACAAUUUUAGAAGAAAGUACUUGCAAUCUGAAUUUUUUAAAAGCCCCUGCUGGAUUUGAACCCACAAUAUACAGAUCCAGAGUCGACACGCUAACCUACAGAGCUACCGAGCUAAGCAAUUAGAUUGAAAAGGAAGUCAGCAAUUAUGAAGAUGUGUUAUUCCUUCUUAAUUCAUUUUGGCCAACUAUAGAUGAUAAAUGUAAGUUUGGAAGACGUAUUGUAUAAUGUCAUAAACCGAAUGAAAGCUACAGCACGUGAGGAGUAGCGCCCCGGUCAUUUAAUCACCUACAGUUACUAAGGCCCAGCUAAAUAAAUGCUAUGUUUAUCAUUGUUAUUUUGUUCGUGUAUGAUAGUAAUUAUGAUAUAUAACAAACCAUUUUCCAUGAGUCCUCAAUUUGAAACGUCUUCAUCUAUCUAUAAAUUACAUUCUGUGAUUUUGGUAAAAGACUGUUAUUAUUAUUUUUUUUUGUGAGAAGAGUUUUUACACGAUCUAUCAAAUCAAUUGGGAGCUUGAAAUUCGUUGAUUGAGAUGCAAUACUCUCUUUCCACAUGGAACAUUGUUGAUGUAUUUAUUUACAGGAACCGGUGUAUACCUUUUUACAGUAAAAUAAUGGCCACGUGUUUAGGAGCUAGCACUGCCUUCGCCUUUGGUUUCAUGCCACAAGCACUUGUUUCGGGUUUUAUCAAAACCUUUACAAUUGGUAUGUUUUAUUAGAAACCAGUGUCCAUGUUUCUUUCCAUGGGUAAUUGCUGCUGUAGUGCAUUUGCUAAUGAAUGCUUGUUUCUGAAUUUAUUUUAUUUUUAACUUAUGAUGAAUAAAAUGUAAGCGCAGUUUA